AUGAAGCAUCAAAUAAUAAUUAAAUUGAUAACUUAUAUGACUUUUAAAGCCUCUUUUGGAGAAUCGCCUCACGAAAAUAUUUUUAAAGUCUCUGUCCAAACAGACUCCACAAGUUGCGAUACUUAUAACAACACUUAUUUACCAGAAUUCUCACAGCACCGAUCCUCGAACUCUCUCUCCAAAGAUCUUUCCGAUUCCCAGCUAAACCAAGCCGCUGGUGGUCCCGGACUUCUAGGCUCUUAAAUGGCUUCAAUGGGGCUAUAAGAAGCAAUCUCUGGUGACAGACUGUAUGUGCAAUAGGAGUAGCGGCAAACCCAAGAAAAAAUAGACCUGUAUAUCCAGAACCCAAACUACUGUCGAGCUAAAUUAAGCUAAUUAAGAUUAAGAUUCCCAGCUAAACAAUUCUCAAAUACGCCCUGGCUCAGACACUUUAAAUAUAAAAAACAAAAAGUGCAUUAUCUGCAACAAAGGCAUCGGGUUACGAAAAAGUAACUACACCUGUAAAGUCUGUCACAAUUAUGCAUGCUCUGAUCACUCCUUUAAAAAACUUCUCAAUUCCUCCUCAAGCAAGCCUCAAAGAAUUUGCCAAAAUUGUGAUUCAAAAGAAACAGAAGAAGCUGUAAAGCUUCAUACCAAAAGCUUUACAGAUGAAGCUGUCAGGAUGGACAAUGAGCUGCAGAACGCAAAAAAUUAUUAUAUAGAUAUAAAUAAAGACAGAAAAGAGAAAAAGUUGCUGAUAAAAAAACUAGAAAUAGAAAGAGAAGGACUUGAGAGAAUUCAUAUUCAAAAGAAAACUAGGCUGCAUGAGCAGCUAGAGAAAGAAGUCCAAGAAGGACUGAAAUUAAAAGAAUCUGUUGAAAGCUUAGAAAAAGACCGGAUUGAUAGAGAAAACGAUUAUUUAGGGCUAAAAGAAAAAUGUGAAGAAAAACAACAGUAUAUUCGUGCUAUGCAAGAAAAAUUGGAAAUAUUAAAUAAAAGAAAAGAGCUAGUAUUGAUUCAAACCAAAACAAUUGAUAAAAAGAUUGAAAAAGAUGAAGAAAUGCGAAAGAAACUUGAGAAACUGUGUAAGAAAUGCUAUAGUAGAACAAGAAGCUUUAGAAAUAUCUAA